AUAUGGUUAAACAAGUUAAUGAUUUGAUAAUGAAUUUUUAUAUAAAAGUAAAAGCUAGUACCAGUGAUAGUGAAAAACAGAUCAGAGAAAUAUUUAUUAAUGGAUUAUCUUCUGAGAAUUAUUUGGAAGCUGAAAAAUUUGAAUCAGGAAUUUUAUUAAAUAAACUG